UCAAGCUGGAUCCACCCCCCUCUGGGAUGCCMUUCUCCAAGGCUGGUGGCCAGCUGAGGGUCAGGGUGCCACGGCCGCAGUGCCACGGCCUGGAGCAGCCACCACAGAGGGAGGCUCGCUUCUGGAGGGUGGGACACAGCGGCUGGACACAGGUGACAUGUGAGACUGUGACAGUGACAGGUGAAGCUGACUCAGUGACCUGUGCCCUGGGGRUAAACGGCACCUUCGUGGUCCAGCUCCGGCACAAACCUCCCACCUGGAGCAGCUACUGGAGCGACUGGAGCAGYAACAUCUCUGUCCCCGAGGAAAUCCGGCAGAGCCCGGUGCUGACCCACCAACUGGGCAAACUGGGGAGAGACGGGCAGCGGGUGCUGCGGCUGAGCUGGCAGCCRGUCCUCAAGGAGCAAAGGGAUGUCMGCUACAAGCUGGAUGUGCACAUGCCGGCGUGCGGCUGCGCGGAGCCGGACGAGGAGGACGCCGCGGUGCUGGGCUGGGAGGACACAGAGCACAACCUCACCCUCUCCGGGGCMGAGUACAAAAUCCUGCUGACCGCGGUCAACGCCGCGGGGCCGGGGCCGGCGCGGCAGCUCCGUGUGCCGGCAGGACAGCACGCAGAUCUCGGCUUCAAGGACAUCAGCGUGGCMGGCGGCACCGUGAGGGCGCGGUGGGAAGCGCCGGUCCCCGGCGACGCCUUCUGCUUCGAGCAGCAGGCACUGCCAGACCCCCCAAAAACGGGAGUCUGCGUCCAGCAGGARUUCCGUGCCAACAGCAGCCGCGUGGAGAGAGGGACACUGGGAGCACCGGGGUGUCACCGCCUCGCCGUGCACGGCUGGGACGCGGAGCGGGGCUGGGCCACCUUCGCCCURUGGCACCACUACGCCGGCAACGACUCGCUGGCCGUGCCCUUCAACAUCAGCGCCGCAGACGCCGCCGUCACCCUCCAGUGGAGCCCGUCCCCACGGGCCACCUGYCCCGGAGCGCUGGCCAAGUACCUCGUCUGCCACGCGGCCGAGGGGGACAACCUGACCUACAGCGAAGUGGAUGCCGCAGCAUCAAAUUUCACCCUCCGAAACCUCCAGCCCGGCACAGCCUACAGGGUGGGCGUGUGGGAGGUGACACAGGACAGCGAGGGGACCUGCAGUGCYUGGUGGCGCUUCCAGACCAAGGCGCUGGGUCCCCAGGGAGCAGCGUGGAGAGGCAACCUGAAGUACCUGGGAAUCUCUCUUGGGCUCCCCGCCGCGGCUGCCAUCUACCACCUGAGCAAAAAGAGGGCUCGCCGCCUCCUCUUCCCACCCCUUCCCAAGCCCGUGGGCACCAAAGCCAUCCAGUUCUCCGCCGGCGAGAUGAGGCAGGGCCAGCCCCGGCCGGGCCUCCUGGAGCCCUCGGAAAGGUUCAACCCAGCCGAGCUGCUGCUGCCGGAGCCCAAUCCCAGCGAGGAGGAGGCUGACACGGGCACAGGGACCGCGGUGGCACAGCCCGAGGAGCCGCAGCCGUGCCCAGCGCUGGAAAAACCGGCGGAGGUGGCGGUGUCCCCGCCGGGCUGUGCGGAGGAGCUGCCCUUCGCCUACCGCAGGCAGGAGAUGCUGAGCCCGGCGGGAUCUCCGGUGCCCGGGGAGGAGGAGGAGGAGGAGGAGAAGGAGGAGAAGGAGGAGGAAGAGGAAGAGAACGGGAGGCAAGGGCCGCACCGACCGCUGAUCCCCAUCGCUCUGCUCAUCUCCGACAAACCCAUCAUCAUCAGGGAUGGGGAAGGAUGGGAUCCCGCUCCGUAGCCGUCACCGGGCUGGAGCGGGGGGACGGACGGCAGGAGGGGACAGGGGUGUCCCCUGGAAUGCUGAGUGUCUGUGCGGGAUGCUGAGCGCCCGGCCCCGGAGCUCAGGGUCACACCGGCACCUCCAGGGGRUUUUCUGGUUUCCAGGACGUGGAAAGCGAUGCUCGUGGAGGGAGCAUCGCACCG